CUUUUAAAACAAAUUGGUGGCGUGAUCGUUUCUUUUAUUUGCCUUCAAAUUUUCGGGGACUGAGUUACGUGAAAUUUUCGUGCGCAUUCUGAAGAUGGGUUCAGUUGAAACAACCGCCAGACGAAGACUGUAGGCAGUGCAGAUUUGCUUGAAUACAGAAUCAAAACAAAAAACUCAGAAUGUUUUCCUUAUGCAGACGAUACAAAGACGAGCACGAGCAUGGCGCUACGCAAAUCAAAGGAGGAUAUAUGCUCCGGUACAAACGGAAAUACAAUCUUUGGAGCUCAUGGUCAGAAGAAUGGGUGGUGCUUUACGAUGAUUCAACAAUGGCGUGGUUUAAGGAUGCAUCAGGAAAAUGCUUGGCGACACAAAAAUACCUGGUGAAGGAAAGUCCGGAGAUGCUGGCCAUUGCCACUUGGACGGGGCAGGUGCCGAAACGACCUGCGCUGCCGCUGGGAGCCAAAGUCUCCCAACUCAUGGCUUUAGGAUCUAGACGCGAUCCUGGCAAUGUAGUGUGGAUGUUGGCUAAGUCAGAUGCUGAAAUGAAGGACUGGGUGACGGCGAUAUCGAAAACCUUGCCGCCACCUCCUCAUAUCGAGCUCGUCAUGGCAAUGCCUUACCUCCGAACUGCAUUCAAAAGACCAACUGUGAGAGUAAGACCUGCGACCUCGGCUGAAAUGUACAAUCGUGGUAGUCGCAACACUGUUGGGGCAAUGGAUGGUCGUGGACUAGUGGCAGUGAUCAAGAGGCAGGUACCGCUGGCGGGCCAGCUGGACCACCAACUAGCAUGGGGACAGGGCUGGGGCUGGGUGACAUUACCCAACGGAGUAUGGAGUGGACGUCUCACUUGGUCCCAAGACGGCGAAGACUUUGCGCUGCACGCCAUGCCGAUAAUGCACCACACCAAUGUGUCCCAAGCCUGCUCCAUGCUGGACGGCGUCACCGCCUACGAAGCAUCAGCUUACGAACAAGCCUUAGCAGAGUAUGAUGAUACCGGAACAUCCGAUGACUGGGACUUCGGUAUCGACUGUGGUGAUUUCAUGAUGUAAACGAGAACAUUAUUCACGGUGUGGUCUUAAUUGAUUUAUGAUUGACACUGCCAAACUACUUACAGUAAAUCAAAAUCAUACAGAGCACAUACAUGAUGUUGUGAUAGAAAGAUUGACGAUUAAAUAUCAAAUGCCUAACUGAAGUUCUGAAAUGUAUUAUGGUCUAUAAUACUGGAACUUGUUUGAUCACUGAGCAAAAAAGAUGAAAACAUACAAACCCAACUGCAAACACAAGGAUUCCUUAUCGGGCACGCAAAAUCGUAAUAUUAAGAGUCAGUACAGUAUAUUUUUUGUUCUAUUUAGCACUUACACAGAUUGCCAUUGCAUUUUAAAAGUCAAAUAUUGUGACGCCUUUGUGAAUAUAAUUACCGAUGUAACAGCACAUACAAGAUAAAUAAGAAAAUCAGUGCUUGCAUAUCAUAAUGGUAUUUAAGUUUCUUAUAGCCAUAUCUAGAAUAAAACGAAAUAGAAAAAGAAAACGAACGCUAAAACAUUAUAAGGAAUCCUCAAGUUUGCAGUCGUCCAAAGUGUAUGUGUUACUGUAUCGGUCAAAUACAGAAAUCAUAAAUUUAUAGACGAAAAUCGUUUUAAUAAUGACCAUUCCGUGAAUAAUAUCGUAAAAGAUCUAUAAUCCAAAAAGGUUCAUAGAUUAAAAAUCACUACCGACAAGUCAAAUUACCACGUGUUCUUAGUUAUAGUAACUUUUAACAUAAUUUGCGUGUAUUUUGUAAUUUUUCAAGCGAUUUAAUUUACUAAAUCAUGAUUAAUGAUAUGAAACAGGAAAUCAAAAGAUUAACUUGUCAUAUUGUUCUCCAGACGAUCCUACGUUGAGCAGUGCCAAAUGUUUCUUGUAAAGAUAAACUGUUGGAAUUUGUUUUUAAAGUGCCGGUCACGAUAAAAUAUUUACAUAUAUUAUGUGUAUGUGCCAAAUGUCGAUUGAAAUUGCUCGUAUUUAUGUAAAAAACAUUGAUUUUUUUUUUCGUUUUGCGUAACUAUAAGCACGUGUGACAUAGACGAUGCAGUUCAUUCCUGAGAAGAAGUUGUAGGGUAUAGUAAUAGGCCAAGGCCGGAUAGUUCACGGUGAAAUGAGAAUGGCCACAGUCAAUCCGACGUUAAUUGUGAUGUUCUAUGAUCAUUGUAGAAAUAUUAAUAAAGGCCUACCUGACUAGAUGGUUCUUUGGAAGUGAUUUGAGCAGAAUAUAGAUAAUUUCAAGUAGACGUUGUUGAGACUUGCUAAAUUUUGUCUCCUGAUUGAAAUACAGACAGUAACUUUGACAGUGUUUGGCUUUGCAAUCCCUCGGGAAGCAAACGGCCCGUGCGCAAUUUUCAGUUUCAAAGUCAGUCGGAAGGCAAAAACAAAUUGACUUUUAAAAUGUCUGGAGUUUUGAACAGGGUAAACGAGUACUUUACGGCUCUCGAAUAUGAAAUACAGAUUCGGCCCCAUGUGUACUGCUCCUAAAUUUAAAUACCUUCAAUUUGACUACCUAUCGAAAAAACAUGAGUAGAUAAUUUGUUUUUGCCGUAUGCCCCUCGGAGUGUUCUGAGCAAUGUCUGGGAGGAUCACGUCAUCUUCUUUUUACUAUUAUACUCCACAACACAGAAGCAGAAAUCGUUCAUACCACCUGAAACCGCUGCGCUCGUUCACAGUAAGUCUUCAUCCAGGUCUGAACUAAACACUCCUCUACGGUGUUUUCUGAAUAAAAUUGGAAAUGUCCGAUCUUCCAUGAAAUUGUCACCCGUGCUCUGUUAGGCUAUCGUUACCACUAUACGAGGCUACCAUAAACUCUAUUUCUAACUUUAUACUUUAAAGUGAAAUUAUAAGUUCUCGUGUUGCAUAAAAAUCUCAACAGACAUAAAAACAGUUUUUGCCCCUUUUAUACCGCCGUCACAGUUCUAGCAACCCUAUUCUUGAUCUAGAGCAUGAUACUGUUCUCAUUAAAGUUAACUACGUGGACCGUUUGACCUGCAUCGUCUAGGUUUCACCGUUUUGUGUACUAAUUGAAAUUCGCUGAUCAAAUUUUUUUUAGGCAUUUUCAAAAUUUCGAAAAGUAAAAGAAUGUGAAGUACCUACUAAUUGCAUGCUAUCUAGUUGUGUGUCAUAGAAAAAUAUGUGUGUAGCCAUAAAUAAUAGAACUAGUAAACUAUGGUGGUGGCCUACAAUAAUAAUUUUCUUCGCACUUUAGGACAGACGAGAGUUUACGAAAAUUACCCUAAUAAUUAUGUCGUAUUAUUUUGUUCAUUUUAAAUUUUAUAAAUCUAUUUCAUUCAUUUGGAAAUCUUUUGACGGUUAAUGUAAAUCCGAAACUAUAAAAUUUUGUAAGACAUUUUUUGAAUGUUCUACGCCAAAUUAACCAGGGUAAGAUCAAAUUAUGAUUGACAUAUUUUGUCUUCAAAUAAAAAAAACCUCGAUUUUUAUUUAUUACAUCAUUGUUAUUGAGUAUAAAUAUGUUAAAACGACAGCAAAAUAGGAUUAGUACAAACCCGCUUAACCCUAAUGACACCAAUUAUGAAUAUAUGUACUCAUGGGCUACAUGGGUCCGUAAUUAACUUAGAUGUAAGUUGAUGUUAGUACGUAGUGAAUUUGGUCGGUAGAGGCAGAUUCAACUAACCGAAUGUGAUAUCCAAAAUUAGACCUUUUAAGAACUAUGCGUAGAUUUCUAAAUUGACAAACGCACCCAAUAGCACAGCGUCUAAUGAAAAAUAAUCAAUGCUAAAUAAUAUAACAACGGGAGUUACUUCAAGUGAGUUUACAAAACCUACAAGCAAAUUUUUAAAAGGCCUAAAAUCACCCAUGAUAAUUAAUACAAAUGUUUGGCAUAGUGUCGGUAUAGUUAAAUACUUAGUGAUUUAGUAAAAUUAUUGAGAGUUCUAGUCGCUAAAACCUCCCGACCUACCCAAAGACUGCCUAUCGUUAUAUUACCUGAUACCUGUGUUGUGUGUACCCUAGACAUGGUAAUCGCGAAUAUGACCCAGGCUCUGCGAAUUGAGACACAUUGCAUGGUCUUGAUUUAAAAAAAAAACACAUUCAUUCGCUGAACAACUAAAUAAAUAGGCUAAAGAAUAAAAUGAAAAACAAAAACUACUUUGGUUAUUUAGCUGAUGUUUACAACAAAACGAUAUACUUGCAUCGUGUUCCCUAGUGCUGAGGGUCGUGACCUUUACGGAACACUGCUUGGACUAUGUUCCUCAAUUAUUUCCAGUCCUCUGCGCAGUGAAUAACGACAUUAAUGCUUGAGUCUAAAGCGAUAUAAUAUUACCUUUUAUAAGAUACCCGGAUUGUUACUAUAUUGAUAUUCCUUCCAAAAAUAUAUGGAUGAAAUUUAUCGAACUUUUUUUUCUACUACAACAAAAGUUGCUUAACUUGUUUAAGUCCAUGAAUACAUUUAGACUACAGUAUGCCAAAUACAUGGUCUAAUCUUACUUGUUCUUAAUCUGGCUACAUAUAAAAAUUGGUUUGUAAAAUUUACUGUGAUUUUAGGAGCCCACGGCAAGAAAUUGCUAUUUAACGGUAAACGUUAUAUGUUUGGUUCGUGAUUUAUUAAUAAGCAAGAUGAGACAGUAAAAGAUUCAUUGAAAAUCCUCUUCUCUUUCACUUUCUCGAGCUUUAUUUCAACGAAAAUUUCAAGUUCGUGGAUGAAAGUGACGAAACACAAAACAUUAAGAACUUCUUGCUAACAUUCCUCACUAAAAUGUAGUUUAUUUAGGUACUUGGGUAUUCAAUUAGUGCUGACGGUAUUACAUAAAAACUGAGUUUAAAAAACCCGUAAGAUCAACAAUUAAAUUAAUGUUUUAUUUUCAUACGUCAUCAUCAUCAUCAUCAUCAGCCUUUAUCUGCCCACUGCUGGACAUAGGCCUUCCCCAAUGCCUUCCACAUAAUGCGGUCCUCCGCCUUCCGCAUCCAACGACUUCCCGCCGUUAUAUUUUCAUAAUUAAAUGUAUACAAUUUGUUGUUACAUACCCUACCAAACACAAGCAUAGUGCUUACUCUAAUGAGAAUCUUUUAAAUUACGGAGAUCAUGCAAUGUGACUGAUAGAUGUUGUAGCAAAAAGUAUAUUAAAUAUUAUUGUGUAUGUACUUAAAUGUAAUAUUAUAUGUAGUGGAUAUGUGAUGUAUGGUUAUCGCAAUGUUUACUUGAUAAAUUUCAUAUUCCAAAAUUUUCUAAACGGCAAACCUUUAUUGAUACCUGUUCGUGAUUUUAUUAGCAAAAAGUAUUUUCUUUCGAUUUAAAGAUUCGAAUAUUGAAAAUGACAUUCGGUAUUGCGCGGGAAAUAUAAGGAUCAUGAAUACAGAUAAUACAAGCUGCUCGCAAUUUUGAAAAGUUUAAAGAGAAUGGACGUAGACAUUGUCGUUAAAAUUCAAUUAUACUUUUUUUAAGGAAUAAAAAUAUUUCUUUCAUCACUCCCCUGACAACGAAAUUUAAAGAACGAUUUGUCUAUUGCAAAUAUGAAUCUUAGAAACUACAAUUCUUAAUUAAGUCCUAAUAUUCUCGUUGUGUCAAUCUCACUGUCAAAUUUAUUUUUCACGUUAGGUACAGGUAAAGUGUACCGUUUUGAUGUUUUUGAUAAAGUAUGUCUAAGCACAAAUAUAUAGUAUUAUUAUACAGCGAUAAAUCGGCGCUGGCUUCGUCGAAAAAUCCAUAUUUUUAUAAGAAACAAUUACUCCAUUAUAUUUAAUUUUUUUUAAAUUUCAAAGUGCUAUUUGUUUGAAACUGCUUAUCGUGAAUCCUGUGUGAUUAGCAAAAUAUAAAGAAAGAAUGUCUAAUAAUGCUUCUAAGGAUCGGAAAGAUAUAUUUUCAUUUUAAAUUAUUUUAAAUUCAUUUAUUGAAUUCUCUGGUGUUAUUACAGCAGAAAUUAAAAACCCAAUUGGUAAAUAGUGUAAUCUAUAUACAUUAAAAUCAUAAUCUAUUCCAUAGACUUGUUAUUACAACAUAGAAUUGUCAAAACAAUAAAAAAAAAAACCGGAACAGUUAUUUACUAGGGAUACAAAUAAUGAUAUUCAUAAAAUUCCAAAGAAUGACUUAUAUUGUGGAGAAUGUUUGCUAUUUAAAUUUUCGAUUCCUGACGAUUGUGAUUGACAUAAUAAAUACACUAUUGAUCUGUUCGUAUAAUGUAAUAGCACCAUUGAAUUUGUUUAACACGUUCGCUGCGGCAAGUAAAAUCUUAAACCUUUGUCUGGUGCGGCGGCGGGCCAAAUUGUGCCCCCAAUGAUUUUUCCGCCAGUGCGUAGUAGGUCUUUUUCGACACGUCAGCACAAGGUUAGAUUAAAUUGCUAUAACUUUGCGAAAACAUAAUGUAGGUGAACAGUUUUUGGACUGUUGGAAAAACCUUGAACCCAACUUCUUUAGAUUUGAUUCGCCCCGGGAUCUGCUGAACAGAAAAUGAGAAAUAAACCAGGGAAAGUGGCGGGUCGAUAUCGACCAGAACCGCACUAGAAAGUAUUUUUAGUAGUGAUGGGAAAGACAAAAAUAAGGGGAUAUCGAAAAUAAAACAGAAUUAAAGUAAAGAAAUAAAAAUUGUUUAUUUAAUUAUUUAUUAAUGGCUGUCUUUAAAACAUUUCGCACAAAGAUUUUGCUUGCACAUUCUGCAGUAUGUUUUAAUUUUUUUUACUUUCCUUUUCACCUCGGAACUCUUCAUGGUUUCCCGCAGUUUUUCAUUUUCUUGAAGGAAAAUAUCUCCUGACUGCUGUCACUAUCACUAUCUGCACCGCAAAUUGAUUUAUUUUCCAAAAUAUUUAUCAUUCUUUUGUUGCCUGACAUCGUGCCUUUAAUUUUAAGGAAUAAAAAAAAACGUGACGUACGUCAGUUCCGAUAGCUUGCCCAACACUAACUGGCGAGGCGGGCGCUCUGUGCGGUAUCGGGCCGCCAACAGCCUGUUGGGACGGCGGGCCACAAUAGGCCUCCUCCCGCACCGAGUUGGUAUUUUUUACCGUCAGUGCGUGAUAGGCCGAUAAAGGCCUGCCGUGAUGUUUUUAUAGGGAACACCUAUACUUUUGACCACAAUCUGAAAUAUAUAUUUGUCUUUGUUGUACCUUUACAAACACCUGAGAUAAUCGUUCCGCACCAGCGAGAGGGACAUAGUUUUCUUCGUCCGCACCAGGUGAAAUUCCGCGGCAGGCUGAUUUGGGCCUGUUCCGCAGUGAACGUGUUAAUAAGUAACAUUCGACAAAUAAAACUAUAUUUAUCAGAACUUUAGCUAGUUCGUGAUCGUGUGUAACUCGUGUGAGAUGAUAGUGGUUCACGUAAAAUGAAUGUUUGUAUGUAAAUUUUAUAAAUAAAAACGCCGUUAGGUGGUUC